AAUGGCUUCCGGAUUCGAUCUUCGGCUGCCCCAGCCGCUCGAUGGAUCUAACCUGGCAAAGGAGUGGCCUGCAUGGAAGCAGGCGUUUGGAAUUUUUCUACGUGCCAACAACAAAACCAAGGAAAGUGAAGCGAAUAAAAUUGCAACAUUUCUGUGGCUGAUUGGACCGCGAGGCGUAGAAAUCUUCAAUACGCUGUACCCAAACAAUAGCAGCAACGAGAACAUGUUUGGGCAAGACGACGACGAAGAGGAAGGAGAAAACGACGAAGAGAGGUUUGCUGAUGCUACAGAUGUUGCGGCGGCACUCACACUUGCACAGGUCAUCAAAGCUUUUGACGAAUACUGCAUGCCGCGCAGAAACGUCACGAUGGAAGCUUUCAAAUUCAAUUUGAUUACGCAAAAGGAAAAACAAGCUUUCGGUGACUUCGAAACAGAGCUGCGCACUCAAAGUCAGUUCUGUGAAUUCAAGUGCUCUUCUUGUCAAGCUCCGUAUGCUGAUCGUAUGCUUCGAGACAAGAUUAUCAUCGGAGUACAUGAUAAAAAGUUGCAGCUAAAACUUCUGGAUGGGAAGGAUGAGCCACUGUCCAAGGUAGUGGAGAUGUGCAAAAUUUUUGAAGCUGCGACGGAAAACCGGCUGCUGCUGGACAGAAAGGAUUUUGUGAUGGAAAUCAAGGCGAACGGCGACAAGGCGGAGGAUACUAAACCGAAGGAAGUUGCUGUCAUCAAUCGGAAUACUAACAAGUGCUACAAUUGUGGACAACCAUACGUGCAAAACCAUCGCCGCAGCUGCCCAGCUAUGCGUGUAGAGUGCUAUGCGUGUGGCGAUGUGGGUCACUUCAGAAAAUGCUGCCGCAAGAAGACGUCACAUGAAGAACCGAACCGCAAGCCACCGAGGACGGAAUCCAAAACUUCAUCCGGAAAGGCGGUGUAUUCCGUUAAUUGGAGUGACGCAGAGUAAGCGCUAACGUUAGUGGCCCAUCGUCUUGUAAUAGUCGGGUUGAAAGGUGGACAAAAACUUAUCUUGUGUGUGGAAUUCCUGUCAAGUUCAAAUUGGAUACUGGGUCCGACGUCAACUGUAUUCCAAUCAGCGUUGUCCGGAAGCUAAAUGUUAAAAUUAAUGAUUUUGAGAAUACUCCUGUGCUCGAUUACAGUGGAAAUACAAUUCAGGUUUACGGUAAAGUGAAACUUCUUUGUGUCGAUACGUCUGACAAAUCCAA